UCUCUUUGUCCCAACUUUUCAAUAAUAUCCAACAUGUUAAAAAGUCUCUUUUAUGAAACUGUCAAGGAAACUCCCAUGAGCCCUCAUAGAAACUACAACCCUAUCACCAUUAUAAAUACAACCCUUAAACAUAGAAAGGAAACACCAAGAUUUCACCAAAACAUACACACACAAUGGAAAACAAGAAACGACUAACCACAAAGCGAAAGAGCUGCAUGAAACACCCGAAACACGAGCAAUCUCCUGGUGUUUGCUCGUUGUGCUUACGAGAAAGAUUAUCAAAGAUAUCGGGUUCUUCAUCACAGACUGUCUCGAAUGUUUGUUCGUCAUCUUCAUCGUCUUCUAUCUCUUCCGUAACUUCUGUUUCUUCGUCUCGAUGCUCGUCUAAUGCCCCGUCUUGUGCAGCAUCUCCCACGCAUACUUAUCGAAAUCGAAUGCAUGAUGUUGAAGGGAAAGGGUAUCUUUCUUUAUUGAGAAAGAGUAGAUCAAUGGCUUUUGUUAGCGAAAAGAUUGUGGAAAUUGAUGGGGAGAAGAAGAAGAAGAAAGGAGAUGGAUUUUGGUCAAAAUUGAUGGGGUUAAAGAGAAGUAAUAUGCAGAAGAGAUCAAUGGAAGAGGGUUCUUCAAGACUCAUGCAUUCAAGAACUAUGAGAGAAAUGUUGACUACAAGAAUUUGAUUUGACUUCCUAUAUAUUAUUCUUUUAGUGGACAGAAAGAAACCUUUUAGGGUUAUAUUAUUCUUUGAUUUUAUGUGUACAUAAAUAUAUUUGUUUACUUGAAGAAAAUACGUUGGAAAAAAGAGUCAAAAAUGUACAACUAAAAAGAAAGAAAAAAUGACAAUUUUCUAAUA